CCCUGUUAUUAUGUGACUGUCUUUGGCUAGCAGGGACUUGUGAAUUUUGGGACACCGGCUGCUCUCGAGUCAACAAGAACAGUCACAUCAGAAUUCAGCAGUCACAAAUAAGAAAGACACAAUGCUGUCUGCUUUCGUUGCUAAAAGACUGGUAAGUGGGGUAUGCCAGGCGUCAUGGAGACCAGCUGUAGCAGAACUAGUAACUACACGGGGUUACAAAGGAGAGGCACCUGAUGACUCUAGGGGUGACCUAAUUGAGAUCCCCCUACCCCCCUGGACAGAGAAGGAUGGUGAGACCAUGGACAUCAAGAGACGGCGCCUGCUCUUCCAAAGCCGAAAGAGGGGCAUGCUGGAGAAUUGCAUAUUGCUCAGCCUGUUUGCCAAACAAUAUCUUAACACAAUGAACGAGCCCCAGUUAAGACAGUAUGACAGACUGAUCAACGAGCCUAGCAACGACUGGGACAUCUACUACUGGGCAACAGAGGCCCAGCCUGUACCUGAUGUGUACGCAGGUGAAAUCAUGGACCUACUGAAGGAGUUCACUAAGAACAGGGAUCAGGAACAGAGGCUGGACGCACCCAACCUGGAAUACCUGGACAAGGGGAGCCAGUGAAGCCUGGCUGACACAUCCCUCUCAGGGUGUUUUCACAUAUAGUCUUCUUUAAAAUAACUGAUCUCAGUCCUCUUUAAAGUGAACUCUGGGGUAAAAAAAGAAGAAGCAAAAGAUCUCAGUUCUCUUUGUAUUUACAUUGCCCUUGUCUUUGAAUGAGGACUCAACUUUUUUGCCAGUUCACUUCACCUAUGUUGUUGUCUGAGUCCUCUUUGCAUUCACAUUGCUAUGUUUAGAAAGGAACCAAUAUCUUUCCCCAACAUUCAUUCAAUGCACUGUGGGUGCAGGACAAGCCAUUCAGUCAGAAUGUGUUAUUGAACAACAAUAUAUACCAUAUACCUACUUACAUUUAGGAAGCUAAUAGAUUGCAUUUAGUUAAAAAUGAGACAUAAUUGUAAUCAGAAGAUUAACAUAUAAAUAUUAUUGGGAACAGAAUAACUGCAGAUUAAAUAAUGCUGUAAUAGAACUGUUGCCCGGGCGCCGAGGAAGUGGAUUUCGAUUAAGGCAGCCCCCCGCACCUCUCUGAUUCAGAGGGGUUGGGUUAAAUGCGGAAGACACAUUUCAGUUGAAUACAUUCAGUUGGACAACUGACUAGGUAUCCCCCUUUUCCCUUUUACACCCAUUGUAGGCUACCGCCCCUUUAAGAGCUAGAAUCGAUUUUGUGCCUUAUGUUGUGAUUUUUACCAAAUUAUGUUGCAGUCUUCUCACACUAUCCAAACCCCAUGGUCGAAAUAAACAGCGCAUGAAGCUAUCUUAGCCUAUAGAUCACAUAUUGCAAAAUAAUAUUUGAGCUAAAAACUCCACUCAUAUUCUGGCAUUUCUGUGCAUCCUUGCUAAUCAAUAUCCUUAAACAGCACAUGUUUUUCCCCCGCAAAUCUGCACAUCACCAUUUUAUCUAAUUUGUGGCACCAAUGUGAGGGGCAAUUGCAGUGAACACGGUGUUGCAGUAGUCUACUGUGUGGUUUGGGAAUAAUGACAAGCGAAUCUGGGGAUCUUUGUGUUCACAUUGCCCUAAAAAUGGGAACCGGACCGUGGAAUUCAUGCGAACCGAACUCAGUCCACCUCUCGCGAUGGUCUAAGUUCAGUUCGCUUCGGGGCUCAUUCUUUGGUGGUCUGAGUUCUUAUGGAUUGGUCACACAAUCACACUGCACAAAAAAUGUAGCGGGAAAAAAAAAUUGUCUGGAAGGGACCAAGUAUGAAAACCCCCUCAGAGAAUGCUAAUGGUUCUCAUCAUAAUUUACCAGAGAAACCAUCCUAGACAAGGACAAUUCCUGCAGCAAGCCAUUGCACUACAUGCAUAUUUCUAUCACCGGCCUUAUUCAUAAGACCUUCAACACAGAAUGAAAAUAAUGACUGUAGAACACAGAUGUGUGAGGUAACUAUACUGAAUAAAAAAUAUAAAUGCGA